CUUGGGCAGGUUAUAUUGCUUGUGUAAAUCACAUUUUUCUUUUUUUUUCCAGACAAGGUCAAUAUUGAUUCUACAAACACUGGGUGUAGAGAAGACCAUGUCGGAAAAGAUCCUCGUGACAGGUGGAGCCGGCUACAUAGGGAGCCACUGCGUGCUGGAGCUGGUUGAGGCUGGCUAUGCCCCGGUAGUUAUUGAUAACUUCCACAAUGCCAUCCGAGGGAGAAAUAUGGUCCCGGAGAGUAUCCAGCGGGUGAUGGAGAUUGUGGGAAAGGAGAUUCCAUUCCAAGAACUGGAUGUUCUUGACGAGAGGGGCCUUCAGGAGCUCUUCAAAAAGCAUCACUUUUCUGCAGUGAUACAUUUUGCGGGCCUUAAAGCUGUUGGGGAGUCAGUCCAGAUGCCACUGGAAUAUUACAAGGUGAAUCUGACAGGGACCAUCCGGUUGCUAGAGGCCAUGAAAGCCCAUGGAGUCAAAAACAUAGUGUUCAGCAGCUCAGCCACAGUCUACGGAGACCCUAUUUACCUCCCUCUUGAUGAGAAGCACCCAGUAGGCAGCUGCACCAACCCUUAUGGCAAAUCCAAAUAUUUCAUUGAAGAGAUGAUCCAAGACUUGUGCAAGGCAGAACCAGAGUGGAAUGCUGUUCUCCUGCGAUAUUUUAACCCUAUUGGCGCUCACAAGUCAGGAAAAAUUGGAGAAGACCCCCAGGGCAUCCCGAACAAUCUGAUGCCUUAUGUUGCCCAGGUGGCUGUGGGGCGCAGAGAGUAUCUGAAUGUCUUUGGGAAUGAUUAUAACACAGUGGAUGGGACAGGCAUUCGGGAUUACAUCCAUGUAACUGAUCUGGCAAAGGGCCAUAUUGCAGCCUUGAAAAAGCUCAAGGAGAACUGUGGAUGUAAGAUUUACAACCUUGGAACUGGUGUUGGCUACUCAGUCUUGCAGAUGGUCCAAGCCAUGGAGAAGGCAUCUGGAAGACAGAUAAACUACAAGAUUGUUGAACGUCGAGAAGGGGAUGUAGCCUCUUGUUAUGCAAACCCUGGUCUAGCUGAGCAGGAGCUGGGUUGGAAAGCUAUCUUUGGCCUGGACAAAAUGUGUGAGGACUUAUGGCGGUGGCAGUCACAGAAUCCCACUGGUUUCAGCAAGAACUAGGAUAUGGAAGAAGCUGCCUGUUCUUUUGACAUACAACCACUCGCACAUCGGUGCAGACACAAGGGCUGACUAGUUUUGAAAAGGGAAGAAGAUGGUUCAUGCUCCUGUUUCUUCUUUCCUUUUUGGAGCUGAAGCACCACACCAGAAGAGGGAGGAUGCCUUUGCCCUCUUAAGCUCCCUGUUCUCUUCUCUUCAUCCCAUCCUUCUGCUGGAAACUCAGAAUUUUUUACUGAUUGAGGGGAUAUAUUUUUUUACUGAAUAAAGAGCAGUGGGACACCUGGCUGGAUGUCACAGGAGGCCAAAAGCCAAGUGUUUUCCUGUAGCCUGGUUGGCUUUGGGGGAAUUCAGCCCAUAGCUCUUUGGCUUCUUCGGCUCCCAGAGAGGAGAGCUGCUCAGGGUCAAGAAAGCACAAUUUCAGAGACCUGAUGCUUUUGUUUGAGAGGAAAAGGCAAGAUAAAUGAAGUGGUUAAAAAACUACGCCUGGGGCUCGUGAAGAGGGUUUUGUCAUUCUCUCCAUUUCUUUUUCUAGAUUAUAAACUGCACACUCCCCCCUUUUUUUGAGCAAAAUAAUAGUAAUGGAAGUAUCUUUUUAAGCUGCAUAAACUGUAAAUUUUAACAUUGCUUAGAUGGUAGUCCAAAGUCUGUUGGGCAGGUUGCUCUCUAAAGCAGGCUUUACAGGUUCUUAGCAAACAUUUUAGUUCUUUUGGACAGUGAUACAACUAAAGGCACCGAUGCACAUUUGUGCAUAGUGAUAUUUCUAUCAUCUUAAAAGAGAUGCUCCCCCUUCCUUUUUUUUAAAGAUUGUAACCUGAAAAAAAGCUGCAGAGCGUUAGAAUAGUCUUCCCACAAGACAGGUAAACAGUAACACCAGAUGGUCUGUAUAGAUCAAGCAACUCCAAAGGUAUUAAGUACUGUGACUGUCGAUACAGGACUUAAGCUGAACUCAGAUUCUUCUGCCAAAGGCAUCAGCCACCUAUUUAUAACUAAGCUGGAGGGAAACCAAAGCUCCUGGAAUCCCAGGUGAUGUUUCUUGAGUUCAGCAUUUCAAGACAACUUUCAGUUAGGAUCCAAAGGCCCAUCAAACUAGACAGGGGCCCCAAACACCACCAUUUCCCUCAGACAGUGGCUGCCACAGAAAGCUUGACAUGGGAUCUGCAAAGCAUCUUGUAUCAGAGAGCGGGGGGUGGGGAGGUCACCUAUAAGAGCUGGAAAGUAGUGGGCUACAAGGCCAUUCCAGUGUUCAUUGCUAUGAAAGAAUCAGGAGUAUUAUGCUGGAAACACAACACUUUAGACCAGUGUUUCUCAACCUUGGCAACUUUAAGAUGUGUGGCCUUUGACUUUGAGAACUGCCCAGCCAGCAUUACUGGCUGGGGAAUUCUGGGAGUUGAAGUCCACAUAUCUUAAAGUUGUCAAGGUUGAGAAACACUGCUUUCAACACUUGUGCUCUUUAAAACAUUUGCAGCAGCAAUUCCUUUUGCCCACUUCCAUUCUUCGAUGGAGGGACCAAUUUGCUUCUUGCACAAUUCACUACCUCUUUCCUUGGCUGUAUAGAUGACUUCAUUAUGCAGGUUGAGGCCUAAUUCAGGCUUACUUUGAUACACUGAAAAUGGUCUAAAUCAGUUUCCCAUCUCUGUUUCCACUGGAAGCCACUAUUUUAGGCUCUGGAUCAGUGACACUCUGUUUACAGGCAGCAUUUAGUGCAGCAUAAGGAAUCUUGCUCUAUCUAGUUAGCAUUUUUGUUUAGCUUCUUAUGCCAAUUUGAGUUUACAUAUUAAGAGCAAUUUUAUUUUAAUUUCCAUACUGCAAACAGCUUAGGCAACAUCCUGGAGCGAUGAUCAGCCACUAGGGAAAUGAAUAGAUUAUCUUCAAGGUCCCUUCUGACCCACACUUUCUUGAAUCUCCAAUGAAAUUCCAGCCUGUGUGUCAACGCAGAAGAGCAAAUGACAGACACUUGUGGAAUCUGCUCUUUCAAUAAGGGGCAAGAUAGAACAGCUCUAUCUGCUUGGCUAUCAAUUAUCUUCCUUUCCAUUCCUGUUCCAUUCCUCCAUUAGAUGCUACUGAAAUUGAUUUUUUUUUUUGUUAUAAGCAAGGGCUGACUUGUUUUUUUCCCUCUUAACCUUUAUAGUUACAUUUUCUGCCUUCCACGCUAUUGUGCACCGUCUAGGGCUCCUGGCCAGUAACCCACAAGUGACUUUUGAAAUCUUACCAUUUUUUCCCAACCUUAGCUUUGUUAGGAUAGUCAUUUGGAGAACAGCUCUUAAAAGAGAUUUAAGUGGCUUUCAAGACUCAGGGCAUCAGUGUUGUAAGAUUAACAGUAAUGUGCAUAUGCAUUAAAAAAAAUUAACUUUUGGGUGCCUCGAGAGCAGGAAUGGGCAACCUUUUUGGGGCCAUGAGACUUUCACUUAAAAAUAAAAACUCUCUCUAAAAGCUGUAAGGCGGGUGGCACAGUGAGAUCCCUGGGAGGGAAGGGGAGGGGAUCCUCUUAUUUUAGUUGUGUUUUACUAAAGCAAGCAUGUUACUUGUUCAAUAGCGCCCCCUGUUUUCACACCUGUUUUGCAGCAGCAGCUUCUGAGCUUCCAAUUACUCUGUCUCUGCCCAGAGGGGAUAGGCUUUUAGUGAACUGUGCACCAAGCUAUGCUCUGUUAGGAAGCACAACAGCGAGACUCAAAAGCGCCAUGAAUAGGUUUCCCACCCCCAGAGCAGGUUUACAGAUUUGCACUAAAAUGCUUUCCCAAGGAAACCUUUCAGGUACACCCAAGUGGGUAAAAGAAGCGUUUUAGUACAGGUUCUAAGAGAUCACUACAGCAGUAAAUAUGCUACGAAAAGUCUGGUAGGCGCCUUGUCAUAAAGAGGUAGCAACAAGUUCAGCUGCCCCAUGUUGCCCAGUAGCCCUCUUCGAUGGAAGCCAAAGCUGCACUAAGGUUGCCUGCUCCCCCCCAAAAGUCAAGAUCUGGAGCAGAUGAAAGCACAGGGGCCAUGCUAGCAAGCAAUUUGAUAACAAUGCCCCAGGGCUCCCUAGGGAAAAAAACCUAUUGAGCAAAUACAUUGGGUAAUUAAUUAUACCAUUGCUGCAAUAAAUUAUUUACCUUUGAAGUGGUAAUGGGAAUUGGCUGCUGAUUGCAGUGGCAUAGGUAAAGGUAAAGGUUUCCCUUGACGUAAAGUCCAGUCGAAUCCGACUCUAGGGGGCGGUGCUCAUCUCCGUUUCUAAGCCUUGGAGCCGGCGUUGUCAUAGACACUUCCGGGUCAUGUGGCCAGCAUGACGACUCGGAACGCCGUUACCUUCCCGCCGAAGCGGUACCUAUUGAUCUACUCACAUUUGCAUGUUUUCGAACUGCUAGGUGAGCAGGAGCUGGGAUUAACGGGAGCUCACCCCGCCGCGCGGUUUCGAACCGCCGACCUUCCGAUCGACAGCUCAGCGGUUUAACCCACAGCGCCACUGCGUCCCCUAUUGCAGUGGCAUAUAAGUAAUGAAUUUGCUGUAUUCAUUGGCUGUGCUCAUGCAAGAUGUUUAGUUACGGGUUGCUGAAUAAACUACGAUUGCUUAAA